CCCGGUUCCGGCGCGGUAGAGGGCCGGGGUGGUGAACGAGUCUCCGGCACCAUGUCUGGUUUGUCUGGCCCGCUGGCCCGGCGUGGACCUUGCCCCUUGGCGUUGCUGCUUUUGUUCCUGCUCGGCCCCAGCUCGGUCUUCGCCAUCUCCUUCCAUCUGCCCAUUAACUCUCGCAAGUGCCUCCGCGAGGAGAUCCACAAGGACCUACUGGUGACGGGCGCGUACGAGAUCACCGACCAGUCUGGGGGCACUGGCGGCCUGCGCAGCCACCUCAAGAUCACAGAUUCUGCUGGCCAUAUUCUGUAUUCCAAGGAAGAUGCAACCAAGGGGAAAUUUGCCUUUACCACUGAAGACUAUGAUAUGUUUGAAGUAUGUUUUGAAAGCAAGGGAACAGGGCGGGUACCUGACCAACUCGUGAUCCUGGACAUGAAGCAUGGAGUGGAGGCGAAAAAUUACGAGGAAAUUGCAAAAGUUGAGAAGCUCAAACCAUUAGAGGUGGAGCUACGACGCCUAGAAGACCUUUCAGAAUCUAUCGUUAAUGACUUUGCCUACAUGAAGAAGCGAGAGGAGGAGAUGCGUGAUACCAAUGAGUCAACAAAUACUCGGGUCCUGUACUUCAGCAUCUUUUCAAUGUUCUGCCUCAUUGGACUAGCCACCUGGCAGGUCUUUUACCUGCGUCGCUUCUUCAAGGCCAAGAAGUUGAUUGAGUAAUGAGGUACAGUCUCCUCCCACCUUGUAUCUCAACCAGCAGAACAUCGCUGGGAUGUGCCUGGCCUAAGGCAUUCUGCCAACAGCACCAUCAAGGCACGUUGGAGCCUUAUUUCCAGAACUGAUCUCCUUUGGUGUGGGAGGAUGUGGGGUACCACAUAUACCCAACAAGUCAAUGAGGGACUUCUUUUUAACUCGGUAGGCUUUGGACUGGUUUUGCAACAAUAGGACUAUUAUUAGAGUCACCUAUGAGAAAAAAUAGGGGUUACCUAGAUAAUGCCAAAGCCAGCAUUUGUACUGGGUUUCCUCACGUGAUCUGCUUGAACCAUGUUUUUUUUCCUUCUCUCUCUUGCUCUACCAGCUUGGGCUUCCAUUCUAGUUCUUUUACCAAGAUUUGUACGACCAUGUCGAACUUAUUUUAUUCUGAUUGUCCUCUUUGGGUUUCCUUGUGAAAACGCCUUUAACUUUCUCUUAGCCCGUAGCUGAAAUGCUUAGGUAGCUUCUGGUGACAUCCUUUCAUGUUUACGUCUCUUAAAAGGGUGAUGGAUAUGACACCUCAAGAAAGUUUCAUUUUAGACAAUUAAAAUAUUUGUGCUUAAUUGCUUGAACUUUUUCUUUUAUGUGUAUUUAGUUCUAUACAAUUCUGUCACAUGUAUAAAUUCAUGUGUCCACCACUGCAAGAUACAUAACAAUUCCAUGCCCUUUUAUAGCCAGAGCCAUCUAUCUCCCUUCCUUACCCCCACACCCCACCCUCUGGCUACCACUAAUCUGUUUUACAUCUCUAUUAUUUUGUCAUUUCUAGAAUGUUAUAUAAAUGUGGUGAUACAAUAUUUAACUUGAAGACUGAUUUUUUUUUCACACAGCAUAAUUUUCUUGAAAUCCAUCCAAGUUGCUGUGUGUAUCAACAGUGUGUUCCUUUUUGUUGCUAAGUAGUAUCCCAUGGUAUGGAUAUACCACAGUUGUUUAACCAUUAACCCAGCAUAUGGUUGUUUUCAGUUUUUGGCCCUUACUAAUAAAACUGUUGUGAACAUCCAUGUACAGGUUUUUAUGUGAACAUAAAUUUUUAUUUCUCUGGGAUAAAUGCCCAAAAGGGCAAUUGCUGGGCUGUGUGGUAAGCACAUGUUUAUUUUUAUAUGAAACUGCCCUACUCUUUUUCCAGAAUGGCUAUACCAUUUUACGUUUCCACCAGCAAUGUAUGUCUGAUCCAGUUUCUCUGCAUCCUCACUGGCGUUUGGUACUAUUACUUUUUUUUUUUUUUAGUCAUUUGGAUACACUUGUGUAAUGAUAUCUCAUGAUGGUUUUAAUUUGCAUUUUCCUAAAGGCAAAUGAUGUUGAACAUCUUUUUAUGAGCUUUGAGAGUUCUUUAUAUUUCCUAGAUAGAAGUCUUCUGUCAGAUAUGUGGUUGCUUGAAUUUUUAACAUAACUCCCACCAAGGAAAAAUAAGUAAAACUUACCAACUCUUCUCACAUCACCAGUCACUGACUUAAUUCCUGCCCUUAUGUGUUCUAUCUAGAGAAUUAAGACAUAUAAGGUAUAAAAUAGACAUCUAGGAGGGUCACGAAAAGAGCAAAUACUAGAAAAUACAUGUUGUGAAAGCAAAGCCAAGAAUCACUGUGGGAAUAUGAGGUGCCUAAAGGCUAAUACUAAUGUGAAUAAGAGAAAAUGUGGAUACAAAUGACCAUGUUCAUAAACAGUUGUGAUAAAUACUAUCAUUUGAAAUCUUUCCCACAUCUCCCAGGAAAGUAGGUAGGAGUUUAUCCUUUCUGUAAUUUCUUUUUAACCCUGCUGAUUGUUACAGAGCUUGUCUAAUCACAAUGGCAAGAAUUACAAGACUUAGGACCAUGUAGCUUGCAGUAAAGAAGCAAAAUAUUGGAAUUAUCAGAGAACACUGUUGUGUUGACCUGGGUAAGUAUGAAGGUGUAAGAGGGAGUAAGUUAUGUUGUUAAAAAUCUCAAGCUAUUCUGUUAAUGUUUCAGCUACUGUGAACCAAAAGCCUUUUUCUUGCUUUUGACUCCUUGUGUAUUCCUCUUCUGUGGCAUAAAAGUGGUUCUCUCAUUAACUGUGCAACAUUGCCAUCUGCUGUUGAGAAUUGAUAGGUACUACUUCUGAGAAUCUGGCAGUAGAAUCCUUGCCAUAGGGGCAGCAGAUGUUGAGAAAGUCUAUGUGUGGUAUUACAUAUACUAAAUGACAGAGAGGGUGCAUCCAAGUAGGGAAAAGAAUAAACAAAUUUGUGGGUUAAGAUUCAUCCUUAGACUUUUAAAUGUGAAAUUCUAUUCUGUACCAUUAGCCUAAGAAGAUACUCUUUCAUAUUUCUGACUGGUGCCUUUCCCCUUUUUAGGAGCAAUGAAAGCUGCUCUGUUAGUUUUGGUCUUCUGUUCUAACAAAAUGUCAAAGCAGAAGAGAAGAGAAUAUUUUGUUGAUGUUUUUGUUCCCAAGUAUGAGUCUAAACUCAAGCUUUGUGGAAAUGAAAUUCUUUCAUGUCCCUUCCUUUUACUCAUGCCAAAACUCCCAAGUUGGACAUUUGUGCUUUUGGUUUGAAAGUUAAUUAGUUUUAUACUUUGAUUUUUAUCUAAAAAGUUUAAAAAAUUUUUUUGCCUUUGGAAAAAGGCUAGUACAAGAGUAAAUCAGCUUUAAAAACAGCGAUAUUAUCUGCUUUUCUCCAUUUUUGAGCAUACUAUUCAAAAUGGUCUAUAUAAUGUAAAUGAGAAUGAUACAGUUUAAGUAAGCUUUGUUGUACCAUUGUCAGGAACCUCUGUCAUAAAGUUAUUUUUCUGUUUGUUUAAUGGAAAGAGGCAUGUGGGAUUUAUACAGAUACAGUUGUAAGUAUUGGAUUGGGGAUUUUUGUGUAAAUUUUCUCAAAUAAAGGCUAGCAGAAACCA